GGAAGCUCGAGGACGAUAGAAGUUACCUCUGAACUACAAAGCACCAAUUUUACAUUAAAUUCUCACGCAGAACACACACUGGCAUAUACAUACACUUAUUCUGUGUAUCUAUCACCCUCCAUAUUCAUAUUUUUUUGAAAUGCUUUGAUUAAUUCAUGUAAUCCAGGGCACAAAUUGUCCCUCUGCUUUGACUUGAGGUAGCUUGUGCAUCAAAGCCAAAACCCUAAUUCCGCGACCCCAGAUCGCAAUUCAUUCCCGCCUAACCGUAAUUGAGUAGGAAUUAUUUUCCUUGUUAUGCAUGGGAUGCAGUUCAGCACAUGUUCGCAUAGUCAAUGCCGAAGUUGAUUCUAUGGGAGGUGUUGUUGAGGGUGGACUUGGAAUUGCUAUCAAAUCUUCUCCGCAUAAAGUAGCAAUCGAGAAGGUUCAAGUGGAGCUCAGGCAAGAAUGUGGUGUUCGGGAUGAAAGGAAAAGAGAAUUGGGAUUUCUUGAGAAGGGUGGAAACCUCUUAGAGUAUGAUUUUGGGACUGUUGCUUCAGUUAGUGUUCAGUCUACUUCAGUCACCGACCAACAUCCUGACCAGUUUGUGACCAGUGAAGCAAAAGGCAGUCUUGCAUUUACAGCAUCACCUCGUCUAGACUCUGUUGAGAGCUGUGGUAGACCCGGGACAACUCUUUGCGACCCUAAUAGUGCUGAUAAUCUCUUGUUAUUUGAAGCUGAAAAUGAAUUUUCUGAAGGUAGGAGUCGUAGGAGUAGUGUUAAGCAAUCUGAUCAAUCGUUCCAAAUGGACGUGGGUCUCCAAACUCGGGAACAAGGGGAUUCAGCUACUUUUUCUCUUCCUAGAAAAGCAUAUAAGAGAAGGAACAGAUCUUGGCCCAAUCGUGAUGGAGCUAGGUUGAGUUCUACUUCUACUGAUGUAAAUCCUGCUCAGGGGCUUCACGAAAUUCCCCUACCAUUUUGUCAUGUCCCCAAGGAUGUUGAAGUAUUGCCGUCUGAUGCGAAUAAUCAAAAUAUAAUGUCAAAUCUGAAUUCAAAGCCUACAAGCCCAAGUAAGGAUAUUCAUCCUAAGGCUGUAGCAAUAGAUUGCCAGGCUAUUGGGUUAGAUGAGCUGAGGCCUUCUAAAUCAACAAAGGACCAGGUACAAGGUGUUUCCUUGGAUACUGCAUCAGAUGUUAUUGCUUCUGAGAACCUGUUAAAUGGUCAACUUAACCAACAAUCACUUUUAGUGGUUGCAGACACUCGUAAGCAGAUAGAUUCUAAUGAGCCUGAAGCAAUCAAGACUCUAGAAAUGGCUUCUGCAGCUACUGUGUGUCAGCCAAGUGCAACUACUUUAAAAGUUGAGAAUCAAUCUACUUCAUGCCAGACUAAUGAUUUUAGCAGAAAGAUAGGGGAUGAUACCAUCACUGACAUUCAUCGGAACAAUGAUAGUGAAAUGUGUACUGUAGUGGGAAAUCUUGACUCUAACGGGAAUCCUAAAAAUCAAUAUCCACAAGAUGGGACCACUGUUCCAGAAAGCGACAAGUUUGCAAAAGAGACAAAUGAUACUGAAGAAAAUAACAGCUCUGCUUUUACCAACAACGAGUCCGCUUCUGCUCAUCAUAGUAAGCCGGAUAAUGAUUCUUUACUCGUCCCAAAUGAAUUAGAUCAAGUGGAAUCUUCAUUACAAGACAUGGUGAAAGAUCAAGGUACCAGCGAGGGCAUGGUAGCUCCUGUCACCUCUCAAUUAGAAUCUGGGGUGAAACCCACUGUUCUUUUGGUUGAUAAUUCAGGACAGCCUAAAGAAAGGCAUCAGGAAACUUUUGAUCCCUCAAAAUCAGAGUUGCCUGACUUUGCAUUCUCAAAUGGGGUUUCUACUAUUUCCACUGAGGCUCAAACUUCUCCUGGGUCGGACUCAAAAUUGGCAAGCAGUGUUGAUGAAGAUUCAGUAUUGAAAGAAGCACAAAUUAUAGAGGCCAAACGCAAGAGAAUUGCAGGAUUGUCUGUUGUUACAUCGCCAGUUGAGAUUUCCCAAAAAUGUCAUUGGGAUUAUGUACUUGAAGAAAUGACGUGGUUGGCUAAUGAUUUUGCACAGGAGCGUAUUUGGAAACUAGCCGCUGCAUCUCAAAUAUCUUACCAAGUUGCUGUCGUUUCUCGUUUGAGAAAACAAGAAAGCCGUUCGGGCCUGGAUGCAAAGAGAGUUGCCCAUACCUUGGCUAAAGCCAUCAUGGAAUUCUGGCGCUCUAUAGAAUUGCAAGCUCAUGAGACAAGCAAAGAACAGGAGCAGCAUUGCCGAAAAAAUGGGGCACUUUCAAUCCGGGCUUAUGCAGUCAGUUUCUUUAAAUGUGAUAAACCAGAUGUUUUCUAUAACCAAGCAGAGGUGCCAGUAACACCGGAUAGAAUAUCCGACUCUGGAAUAGACCUUUCAUGGGAUGAUAGUUUGACCGAAGAGAACCUUUUCUACACAGUAGCCCCUGGAGCUGUGGAGGCCUAUAGAAUGACAAUUGAUUCCCAUUUGGCUCAGUAUGGCAGAAUUGGGAGUUCUGCGCAAGAGGAAGUGGUGACAUUUGCUUGUGAUGCUGCAGCAGACUUUGAAUCUCAUUAUAAUGAGUAUGAUGAGGACGAGGGAGAAACAAACAUUUAUAGCAUGCCGAUGGCCUUUGAAAGUACCAAAUCUUCAAGAUAUGGCCAAAAGAAGCGGAGACAUUUAGUGCAAGGAUAUGGUGCAAGGCCAUAUGUACUGGGCUCUGAUCUGCUCCCUAUGCAGUCUUCGGAGAACAGAUUCGUAGCUCCACAGUUUGCUAUACUGGCAAAACGACCAGGCAGCAAUAUUAACGUGUCAAUUCCUACCAAACGGAUGCGAACUGCAUCCCGGAGAGUUAUCAGUCCUUUUGGCAUAGGGGCAUCUGGAUGCAUCCAGGUUCCAAAUAAAACAGAUGCUUCAAGUUGUGAUACAAAUUCAUUUCAGGAUGAUCAGACCACCGUGCGUGGUGGAUACGCCGUUCCAAAUAGCUUGGAAGUUGACUCAGCUGGGGAAUUUGAAAAGCAAUUACCAUCUGACUAUGCCGAAGUAUCAACAAAACCAAAGAAGAAGAAAAAUGCAAAGCAUCUGAAUUCAACAUAUGAACAGAGAUGGCCGAUUGAUUCUAGCUUUCAAAAUGAACAGUUUCAUAGGGAUCUUUAUCAAAAGAGGACUGAGAUUAAUCAGCCCGAUUCAAAUGGAAAUAAUGGGUUACUGGGUCAACACAUUGCAAAGAAGCCGAAGCUUAUGCGGCAAUCACAAGAUAACACUUUUGACAGUAUCCCACCAAGUGCGCUGUCCGUUCCUUCACCAGUGGGCUCCCAAAUGAGUAAUAUGUCCAAUCAAAACCAAUUUAUUAGAAUGCUUAGUGGUCGCGACCGGGGUAGGAAACCUAAAUCUUUGAAGUUGCCAUCUGGCCAAUCGGGUUCAGGAAGUUCGUGGUCACUCUUUGAGGACCAGGCCCUUGUUGUCCUAGCACAUGACCUAGGGCCCAACUGGGAGCUUGUAAGUGAUGCUUUUAACAGCACUUUGCAUUUCAAGUGUAUAUUCCGCAAAGCUAAAGAAUGCAAGGAGCGGCAUAUAUCCCUUAUGGAUAAAGGUUCUGGCGAUGGGGCUGAUAGUGCUGAUGACUCUGGGUCUUUGCAACCUUAUCCAUCUACAUUACCUGGCAUUCCAAAGCAUGUUAUGCAGGGAAGUGCCAGGCAGUUGUUUCAACGUUUACAGGGGCCAAUGGAAGAAGAUACUCUUAAAUCUCACUUUGAGAAGAUAGUUGUGAUUGGACAGAAACAACUUUAUCGGAAAACUCAGAAUGAUAACCAGGAUCCAAAGCAAUUCCAGCGACCUCACGCCUCUCACACGAUUGCUCUUUCUCAAGUGUGUCCAAAUAAUCAAAAUGGAGGCACUGUUUUAACGCCUCUAGAUCUGUGCGAUGCAAACCUUUCUGGGCCUGAUGUAGUUCCUCUUGGGUAUCAAGGGGCACUUUCUAGUGGAUUGGCUAUUCCUAAUCAGGCUACAACGACUCAAACGCUUCCUGCAUCUGGUGCCACCGCUGCAUUACAGGGAGCAUCACAUAUGACUGGCAAUAAUUUAUCAUCCUCACCGGGUCCUCUUAAUGCAUCUACGAGGGAUGCUAGAUAUGGACUUCCCAGGUCUGGAUCAUUGCCUGCUGAAGAACAUCAGAGGAUGCAUCUCUACAAUCAAAUGAUAACUGGUAGAAACAUACCACAAUCCAGCAUCUCUGCUCCUGGAGCCGUUCCAGGACCUGAUCGUGGUGCUCGUAUGCUUUCUAGUGGAAAUGGCAUGGGUAUGAUAUCAGGUGCUAACAGAAACAUGCCUAUAGCAAGGCCUGCAGUGCAAGGAAUUCCUUCAUCAUCUAUGGUUAAUUCUGGCAAUGCAGUUUCCCCGGGUUUGUCAUCCGGAAAUAUGCACACUGGGGUAGGCGCUGGUCAGGGAAGCUCAGUUGUCAGACCUAGUGAAGCUUCGAACAUCCAGCGGCCUGGCCAGAGCCAAGAUCCACAGAGGCAAAUGAUGGCGUCUGACCUCCAGACGCUUGGCAACAGUCAAGGAGUGCCUCACGUUGCUGGAUUAAGUUCCUCUUUUACUAACCCGGCGACUUCACCGCCUGUGCCAUCUCACCCUCUUCAUCAUCAACCACCCCAUCCGAUAUCUCCACAGCAGCCUCAAGUUCUCAGUCCUCACCAGUCACAUUUUCAAGGACCAGCAAAUCAUGCUCCCAACAACCAGCAGCAAGCCUAUGCCUAUCGUUUGGCCAAAGAGAGGCAGCUGCAACAUCGUUUACUGCAGCAACAACACCAGCUGCCGCAACAGUUUGCUGCCUCAAAUUCUGUGAUGUCGCAUGUGCAGUCGCAGACUCUGCUUCCUGUAUCGGCAUCUCCAAUCCUAAACAGUCCACAAGUACAACCCCAGACAAGUUCUCCAACGGUACCACUUUCUCCAUCGAUACCCGUUCCUUCGAUGAAUACAAUGCCUCAGCACCUGCAGAAACCUCAAAUGGCAACUCAAGGAGUUUCACAAAAUGCUCAGUCUGGUGGAAGUGGUUUAAACAAUCAGACGGGUAAGCAACGGGCAAGGCAACCACAUCAGCCUUCACAAGCUAAUAGGCAACAUCCUCAGCAGCGACAGCAGUUACAAGCUCAGCAACAAGCUAAGGUCAAGGGAGCUGGUAGAUGGAUGCAGCAGAAUAUCUCAACUGAUGUCGUCUUACCAAAUGGAGUUUCGACAAUUCCUGGGAACCAAUGUUUGGAGAAAGCAGAACCUGUCACCAGCUCUAUGCAAAGUCAAGGUUUGUCUACUAGUUCCGCACAAAAUGCUGUGCAACCAUCAAGGCAAUACAUGGCUUCACAAUCCAAUCAAGCCCUACCCCAGCAAAAGAUGUAUUCAGUCCAACCAACACCUCAGCCCGAUAAUAGCAGUCAAAGUCAUGGUCCUUCUGCUUCUCCUUCUGUUUCGUCUGCUCCCCAGCAGUCCAGUUCAUCUGUGGCUGUUGCUGGGCCAAACAACCAAACACCAUCUCACCAGAAGUUUUUGAAUCAAAAUCAACCAGCUCUUCAGAGACUUGCUCAACCAAAUCGCCAGAUUAUGCCCAACCCAUUAAGUAAACCCCAUGGUAGAUAUUCUAAUGUCAAUCAUCAUCCAGCAAGUGGCUCUGCUGGAACGGAUGCAAUCACAACAUCACCUCAGGUUUCUAACACCGGUUCAAAUGCAGUUCCAGUUGUUUCACAGCCAAGUUCUCAUAAGUGGCAUGCUUCCGAACCAUUAGUGGAUUCGAAUUCAUUAAAUUCACCCCAAAGCUUGGUCUCUAUACCGUCUAACUCAAGUGAUCCUGUGCCGCAAGAAGCCCAAGGGCUUGGCCCGAGACCACCUUCCAGAUUGCCCAUAGCUAGGCAUGACACUAAUGCACAAAGGCAACAGCUACAGCAAUCACUACAGGCUCCCUCUCCGGCACCCCAACCUCAGCAGCACCAACAGCCACUGCAGCUGCUACAUUCUCAGCACCAGGCACAGCUUCUUCAAGCAGGGAGUGGCAAUAUGUAUGGUAGGUCAAGCGACACUAGAUUGGAAUGAAUGAAUGAAGGCCACCCAACACAUAGGUGCAACAAAUAUUGGUCAUGACUCGUGCUCAUAUUGGGUUAACAUUCCCUUGCGCAGCGUACAGAGAAGCCCAUGGGCACUGAAAGAGCAAGGUAACGAUAACCGCUGAUCGAUGGUAUGACUUCUCAGCAAACCGGAAACAUUCCCAUCGAUCAAAAUUCUUGUUAGUGUGCUGUGUAAAUUAUUUAGACAAAUAGGGGUAUAUGUACAAUAUGUCUCACAUCUCCUUUAGGUACUGUUGAUUAUUUUUUUGUGCUAACGCAUGUGUAGAUCAGUCAUGUAUAAUUGGCCGUAACACUUAGGAGCUCGUUGUUAUUUUGCUUAUAUGGCCGAAGGCUGUGGAAAAUUUGUGAACAUUAGUCUUUCCUUGUGUAUACACUAGACAACAAUUUGUCCAAAA